CAACGGUCGUGCAACGUAUUUCCUAGUAACUCGUGGUUUGAGUAGGACGUAUUGUAUACCACAGAAAACAAAUUUGUACAUUUCUGAAAUGCUUAUGGAACUGAACACGAUUCAUCUACAGAACAACAACCAAAAAUUAAUGAACGAGAAAUAUUCACAGAAAGAAAGGAUGGAUUUUCUAGAAGAAGUAAAUUUCGUUCGAUGGAAAAAGACAAGGCGGGGCAAGAAGAAGAAUAGGAAUGUUCGUGACUCUAUUGAGGUUAGUGAUUCCAACGGUGAUCUUGAAAACUGUUUAAAGUGCGAACGAUUAUCACCCUAUCAAGCUUAUGAUGGCGACUCGGAUGAGGGUGUUUCUCCAUUAAAGAAGAUCCGCAUGCGGAGAAAUCGCGGGGGCGUGAAAAAGCGCCAAGCUGUAUUGAGACCCAAAUACAGUCCAAAAGCCCCACAUAAUUCUACCCAGUUUCUGAUGGACGAUCACUGUACGUAUAGCUGCGAGUAUCUUGGUUUUGAAUCCCCCGACCCUUGGGGCCAGCGGCUGCAGUAUUCCGACGACUCUGAUACGUCCAUUGUUGUUCCACCUGCGCCAGAGAUAGCAGACGAUUCAUUGUUAUUCCAGAUGGAUGAUAUCAACGAUUCUAUAAAUAGUGCUGAUCAGGAUACGAAGGCUUUUAUGGAGAAAGACUUCGAAGAAGCAUACCAUUCUAUUCAGUGUGAUGAAAUAUCGCGUCUAAGCAAAUCCGAAUUGAUUUCUUCCAUUUGUGCAAUGGAAUCCAAAGCAGAACUAUUGGAAAAAGAGUUGGAGAAAUCCCCCGACAUUAUUAAAUUCACAGGAGUCAGGAGCAGACGCCAUAGAACAAAGGGAGUGAUAAGUCAACUAAAAAAGGAAAAUCUGAGUUUGCAAAGAGAAAAUGAACAAUUGAAAAGAAAAUUAAUUGCUGUAUCUUGUAGCUAAACAUUUAAUGUCAUUUACUUAAGAACUGUCUAUAGCGGGUUAAAUUAUGACAAUUAACAUUCACCGAACUGAAUAAGAAUUGUAACAUUUUACAUUUUUAAAACAAAACCAUUGUUUUAGUCGGAAUGAUGUACCUUUUUACAAAAUCUGAUAUAUAUUAAAAACCAUUUUAACCAUGUACUUUCGUGUAUUCCCUUCUAAUGCCUACAAGUUUUUAUUUUUCAGUCAGAUGACAAGCUAUCCAGCUAAGAAAAACACUGUACAAAGGUGGCCAAUUAGGGGCCCCCUGAAGGGUGCAGUACAAUCCUUCAGAAUAUGAAAGCCCCACACUUCAAAGGCUGAUCUGGAUGAAAAUCCCAAGCUCCUGGACUCUUCCCCCAUUUCAACUUCAAACUACAAGCUGACAACAUAAUGGCUAACGCUGUCACUUAGCAAGUCUGGACACCUCGAGGACAGAAUGGCUGGAAUUCGCUGCCCUGCGAUGAACCGAUUCAUCAAGCACGCUCACGCAUUCCUGGAAACUUUCCAGCAUCGCUUGUCCCACUGCCCCUAUUUCAAAACAGAUAAAAUGAGAAAAAUUAUUUAAAUUUUCAUAUUUUUAAAAAUUUGCUUGACUGAUUUAUUUCAGGUCACAAGGUAGGUAGUCGGAGAUUGAGGAAACUGAAUUCAUGGAAUGCUUGAUGAAAAUGAAUAAAAUGCAAUAAAAAGUGA